UACUCCUGUCCUGGCGCAGUACUGCCCAGGGUACAGUUCAUGUGCACUUAGUUGCUAGCCACAGGUGUAGGUUCCGCCACAGCAAUUACUCCUCAGUCUUCUGGACGAGAAGGGUGUGGUGGCAGGAUUUGAGGGCAAGAGCUGGAAUAUCUGAGCCGACUGAGCUGCCCUGGCCAGCUUCGACUGACACACCUACAGGUUACUUGGGCCCCAGCCAUGUGGCUGCUCCUGCUGCUGGUGGCCCUGAUUGGGAUGGCACUGUGGUGGUUCAGAGACCAACAGACACUGCCUGUCCGCGCGGCCUUCGUCUUCAUCACCGGCUGUGACUCGGGCUUCGGCCGGCUUCUGGCACUAAGGUUGGACCAGAGGGGCUUCCGGGUCCUGGCCAGCUGCCUGACCCCCACGGGGGCAGAGGAUCUACAGAGAGUGGCGUCCUCCCGCCUCCAAGUCACCCUACUGGAUGUCACAGACCCCCAGAGUGUCCAGCAGGCAUCCAAGUGGGUGGAGACACAAGUUGGGGAAGCAGGGCUUUUUGGUCUGGUGAACAAUGCGGCAGUGGCUGGCAUCAUCGGGCCCACGCUGUGGCUGACGCGGGAUGAUUUCCAGCAAGUGGUGAAUGUGAACACACUGGGUCCCAUCGGGGUCACCUUGGCCCUGCUCCCCCUGUUGCAGAAGGCCCGGGGCCGGGUGGUCAACGUUACCAGUGUCCUAGGGCGAAUGGUGGCCAAUAGUGGUGGCUACUGUGUCUCCAAGUUUGGCCUGGAGGCCUUCUCUGACAGUCUGAGGAGGGACGUGGCCCCUUUUGGGGUACGAGUCUCCAUUGUGGAGCCUGGCUUCUUCCGAACUCCUAUGACAAAUGAGAAGACUCUGGAGACCGCCCUGCAGGCACGCUGGGCGCAGCUAGCUCCAGCCACUCGGGCCCUCUACGGGGAGGCCUUUCUGGCCAAGUACCUUCAUGUCCAGAAGUACGUCAUGAACCUGCUCUGUGACUCUGACCUGACCAAGGUGACCAAGUGCAUGGAACAUGCCCUGACUUCCCGGCACCCCAGAACACGCUACAGCCCAGGAUGGGAUGCCAAGCUGCUCUGGCUGCCUGCCUCUUACCUGCCAGCCAGCCUAGCGGAUUCUGUGCUUAGUUGGGUCCUCCCAAAGCCUGCCCAGGCCAUCUGCUAAGUUAGCCUCCCCAUAAUGACUUGCUUUUUGACCCCACCCUAGUUUUACUUGAUGCCUAAUACAAAACCAGGGCUCAGUAAAUGACUUGGUCUAUAGAGACAGUA